UGAAAUGAACAAAAUGUGGGAUAACAGGUAUGAAGUUGAUUACCAAGAUGCUGAUGAGAACGCAUUCUACCUCAAUCCUAAUAAUUUAGAUUAUAAAGUGAGAAAAUAUCAGAGGAUUGGACCAAACACUAGCUGUGGGAACUGCAGGACUAUGAGGACCUCUCUCUGGAGGCGUGGCGAGGGUGGAGCUCCUCUCUGCAACGCCUGUGCAUUAUAUAAGAAACUUCACAGCCAGGAUCGCCCACUGUUCAUGUGCAAGGAACGAUCAUUCACAUAUUUAAAUAUUUUGUAUCCAUGUAUCCAUAAAGUAGCAUUCUCUGUUUUGUUUGUUAAUCAAAUAUAACUCAUGAACCCCUUCACCUAUUUGCCUCAAAUUUGGUAUUGGGGAACUCACUAGAACAAAGCUUGUUAGUCACAAUUCUGGAAAUGUUCUAGAUU